CAAGGCUUUACAAUGCUGGCAGCUGCUCUCGUGAUUCUAGGCGUGGUCGGAGGGGCGUGGGGCCAUGGGUAUAUGUAUGACCCCCCGGGACGAUCAACGAUGUGGAGAUGGGGGUUCAAGGUGCCAAUCAACUACAACGAUAACGCGCUCAACUGUGGUGGAUACUCUAACCUCUGGUUUGCCGAGCACGGACAAUGUGGAGUCUGCGGAGAUCCCUAUGAACAAGCCCCUCCUCGCGACAACGAAGCUGGCGGAAGAUACGGGCUUGGGGUUAUAGCCAGAGGGUACAAGACCGGGCAGGAUCUCCCUAUCACUAUUGAGAUCACUGCCAACCACGAGGGAUACUUCGAGUUCCGGCUUUGCAAGAAUGACGACGUCAAGAAGGUUGUCACUCAGGCAUGUUUAGACCAGAACCUCCUUCAGCUGAAGAACGCCAACGGCACGAGGUAUUAUCUCCAAAGAUCUCAGUACGGGAAACUUUACCUCACUGCGUCACUUCCGGUCGGAUUAACGUGCUCCCAGUGUGUUCUUCAAUGGAAAUGGGUUGCAGGCAACAACGAGGGUCGUGAUGGCAGCGGCCACGAGUGCCGGGGAUGCGGACCACAGGAAGAGUUCUUCAGCUGCUCCGACAUUUGCAUCGGCAACUGUGGUGGGUCCGGGACACCCGUCCCCGUGACCAUUCGGCCCCAGACACCCGCCAACACCCUCCCUCCACAGACUGUGAGACCCACCCAGUCCCAUGUCGACACUUCCAGACCUACCUUCAGGCCCACUGUCGUGACACAGCCACCGACGGUUAAUACCCCUAACUAUGGCGUCUUCAGGACGUGUCACGGAGUCAACAACUUGGCAGGCCUUGACCAGCUUGACCAAUGGUGCAAGUCCAAUUGUCAGAAAGGAAACUGCCCAGCAGCCGUAUGCGAUUGUCCGGACGCAUUUGGUCCAAGAUCAACAGAGGGUAGGAAGACAACUGCACGCCCCGUCACCACACCGGUACACACGCCACAGGUCACGGUUCCUUCCGUGGGACAUAUUCCAGCGAUAUUCCAUUCCUGCCACGGUGUCAAUCUUUGGGCAGGAUUUCCAGCCCUGGAUACAUGGUGUAUGGAGAACUGCGCUAAGGGUAACUGUCCAUCUGUCCAGUGCGACUGCCCCGAUGCAUGGGGACCUCGAACCUUACCUCCUGCAACGGCACGACCACCGGUUAGACCAAACCCGACGUUGUUCACCAUGCCCUCAACUCAAAGAACGCCAGCCCCUACCCCCGCCCCGACCCUUAAACCGCUGCUGACUCCAGGGCAACACCCCUUCCUCACUAACAGUCCUUGGGUACCAAUCCAGGCUACCCCGUCCCGCCCUCCCGCCACGGCUGGAAACGUCGACUCCAGCAGAUGCCACGCCAUCAACAACUGGCGGGGGAUUCCCCAGCUGAACGACUGGUGCAGGCUCAGCUGCAGGCAGAGUUAUUGCCCGGAUGUGUAUUGUCGAUGUUAUUAAUAUAGUCUGUUUCAUUGUAUGAAUCAUAGACAUCUUACGCCGAGGCCUUUUCAAAGCAAACUGAAAUAAAA